ACUAAUUGCCAAACAGCAACAGAAGCAUUUACGAUUCUGGUUAAUGGCCAGUGUUUAACACGCAGGAAACUAAAACACGACAGCAAAGCUAUAAAGAUUUGAGAACAUUAAAAAAACAUUUGUGGGAUAUGAUAGGUAUUUAGUUCAGUUAUGUUUGAAAUAAUUAGGCACACUGAAAAUUAUAUCCAAUGUUUGUAAAAUGUUUCUACAUUCUUGUCCCGAGCAAAGGUCAUAUUCCUUUACUUGAAAAGUAUUCAAAAAUAAUAAUUUUAUCAAUUACAAUCAAAACAUUUUUAUAAUUUUGGUCGUGUGAUUAAGAUCGCCGACUCCAUGUCAUUUGGCUGUAAACGAUUAUGGUUCGAUAUCCGUCAAAGUCUUUGGAUUCUUUUGUGUGAGGAAGAUGCCGAGGUAGCUUACGGAAGGUCUGCGGGUUUCUCAUGUGCCUGCCUAUGUCUGAAUUCAUGUAUGAGGCGCACCUAAGGUCCUCUACCACCAGAAAACCUUAAAAGUGUCGGUGUGACUGGAAUCCAACUAGAAAUAAAACAACAAAGUACUUGUUUCUUUACAGAGGAAAAUGGAUGCAAUGUGGGGCAAGAUAAAAACAACUAACGAGGAAAAAGUUAGAGAAAAAUGUGAGAAUACAUUGCAUAAUUUGUCUAUGAAGUAUCUUGGCAAGAAUAUAGAGAAUGGAGAAUAUAAAAAAGCAGGUGGUCAUCGAAGAUACAAGCGCGAUAUGGAAAGAAUCAAAGAUGAAUACGUCGGUGUGCUAAGAGACUUCAAGGAGAACGAGAUCCUAUCUACAUGGUAUGGAUUUGUAGAAAGUAUGACUCAAACUGAAGCCGAAAUAGUUGAAGCUGAUGAAAAUAUGUCACAGCAGGAGAAAGAAGCUGAGCAAAAACGAAACCAAGAAAAACUCGAAGAAUUAUCGAAGAAACAACAGAAAGCUCAUGAUGAUGCGUUAAAACAACAACGACAAGAUUUGGCAAAUCAUUACGAAAAGUUAGAAAAAGAUCGCCGUGAACAGGAAGCAAAAGAUCAAGAAAAGUAUAAAUCAAUGGUGACAGAAAGGUUGGAGAAGGAAGCAGCGCAAAAAGAAGUUGAACAAUUACAAAAGCAACAAGAAGAUGCAAAAAAGGAAGCUGAACGCCUAAGUAAGGAACGAGAAGAAGCUCAAAAUGAGGCUGAUGUGUUAAAAGACAAAGAAAUAAAGAGGAAGCAAAAGUGGUUUGGUGCAAGAAUGUGGAAUGCGCUUCGGAAGAAGGACUGAACCAUAAACAUAUUUAUUUCUUUGACAUGCUGAGGAUAUGUUCAGUUAAUAUAUACCCAUGUGUUAUUUUGUAGAAGAAAUCCAUUUUAUUUAACUUUGCUUUGCUGUGUCAUAAUUACAUGUGGUAUUGCUUUAUUAAACGUGUGUUUACCUAAUUAUAAUUCAAUAUUCAAGUUACCCAAGAUGAAGAAUUUAUAACAUUUUGUAGCUAUAUUACAUUGCAUGCAAUAUGGAAAAUAUCAUUAUUCUGGUUGUUUACGUUUUCACACAAUAUGACUUAAAUGUGUGUUCCUAUAUAAACCAAGUGACCAAAAUAAUUAUUGUUGACCAAAGAGGCAUGAAUAAUAAUGAAAUACUAAAGGCAAUGUUUCAUGCUAAAUACCUCUCUACACCGACAAUCUUAAAUGCGAUUGCCUGAAUAAGUUUUUAUUAACUUAGUGAUCCUUUAUAUUUGCAAAUUGGGCAUGAGUAAUAUAAAUUCUUCAGGUCCACAAAGCAAUGUUAAAUGAAAAAUAUCCAAGCUUUUGGUAAUUUACUUUCACACUAUACUGCAUGCCAAAACCUCUGCGUAUUGUAGUUUCCUACAAUAAGACUUAAAUUUGGUGUCUUUAUGCAAAAUAAAAAAAAGACUUGUCAGUAGCUUUAUUACAAUAUGUAGGACUUCUGCAUGCAAUGGAAUUAAAAAGCAAGUAUGAACAAUUA